CUCUGGCCUCCCCAAUACAAACAUCCAAACUUCUCUCUUUGGAUUCUAUAGCUCUCAUAAACAACAUUCGCAUACCUUCAAUCUUCUGUCGCACUUUUGAGUUGAUAUGACAAACUUUCAAAAUUCCUUCCUGCAAGUCGAGGACGCGGAGCUUCUUUCCGAGGACUAUGCCCGCCAGUUGGACCAGCAGGACGAGCUGAGUAAACUGCGGAGCGAAUUUAUCAUCCCAACAAAAGGGGAUUUGAGGAACAAGAGAUAUGGAUUUGCGGCAUCGAAAUCGACUCAAGAUGGACCCAUCUCCGGGGAAAGUCCUGACGACUCCGAUGAGUCAAUCUACUUUUGUGGAAACUCGCUGGGCCUGCAACCUCGCCGGACACGCACGUAUAUCCAGAAAUACCUGGACACAUGGGCGUCCAAGGGAGUAUUUGGCCAUUUCAUGAAGUGGGACGAGGGUUUGCCUCCUUGGCUACAUAUGGAUGAUGCUACCAAAGAGCAGACGGCCAAGCUUGUUGGUGCAUGGCCGAGUGAGGUCGUGCUUAUGGAAACCUUGACGGCAAACUUGCACUUGCUGAUGGCGAGUUUCUACCGACCUUCCAAGGACCGGUAUAAGAUUAUCAUUGAGACUAAGGCAUUCCCUAGCGACCACUAUGCCGCCGAAUCCCAGCUUGCUCUCCACAACGUCCCUCCCGACGCGUUGAUCACCAUAACGCCUGAGUCGUCCGAUUCACCCUACCUCUCCACCGCGCACAUUCUUUCGGUCAUCGACAAGCAUGCAGACACCACCGCCCUGGUACUCCUUCCCGGAAUCCAGUACUACUCUGGCCAGUUCUUCGACAUUGCUUCGAUAACGCGUCACUGCCACGCUCUGGGCAUUGUCAUUGGCUGGGAUUUGGCUCACGCAGUUGGCAACGUGCCACUCAAACUCCACGAUUGGGACGUCGAUUUCGCCGCCUGGUGCAACUACAAGUACAUGAAUGGCGGUCCCGGCGUCAUCGGCGGCACCUUCGUGCACCAGCGUCAUGGAAAAGUCACCAAGGCCUCCGACGCAGACCCACAAGGUGACGAAGGAUACCCCGACAGCCCCUCUUUCCCUCCAAGAGGAAACGACCAACUCGUUUACCGCCCACGCCUCAGCGGCUGGUGGGGCAACGACAAGAGCAGCCGGUUCCGGAUGGAUAACAACUUCGUCCCCAUUCCCGGUGCCAGCGGUUUCCAAGUCAGCAAUCCGAGCGCCGUGGAUAUGACUUCCGUAUUAGCAUCCCUCGACGUCUUCAGUCUAACCACCAUGGAAGCCUUACGCGCCCGCAGUCUCCGCUUGACGGGCUAUCUGGAAGCGCGGCUCCUGCGCUGGAAGGACAGCGAACAGCCGCCUUACAAGAUCAUCACGCCCUCCAACCCCGACGAGCGAGGCGCACAGCUCAGCGUGCUCCUGAAUCCCGGUUUGCUGGACACGGUGCAAGCAUACCUUGAGGACAACGGCGCAGUCGUCGACGAGAGGAAACCCGAUGUGCUGAGAGUGGCCCCUGCGCCGCUGUACAAUUCUUUCUGGGAUAUUCAUCGAUUUAUGAUUCUGUUCCACGAUGGGUGUCGAAGGGCGUUGAAGGUGAAGGCGGAGAGGGGUGGGGAUGAGGCGGUUAGUGUUAAGGAAGAGGGUGUCGCGGCGCCUGAGUAGAUGAGCGGGGGUAUCAGAAAGUUGCAAGGUAUCAUUAGGAUGAUGGAUGGGAGGGUAUGCGUUGCUCUGUCGGCAUUGUUAUCGUUACACUUCUUCAUGAACAGCGCGUCAAAGGAAGAUGAUUUGUGCCGUAAGCAGGUCUUUUGGAGCGUAUACCCAACUCGAGAUAGGGGUUUAGAAUAAGCAAGCCCACUGGUAUCAAUCAAAAGGUAUCCAAUUCC